AAAAUCUUAGAGAAUUUACGUUCUUAGGAUUUUUUUGUGUGUUGCUUGUUGAAAUUUGUAUUCUGAAUGUUUGCCUUCUUUGCCUGUUCUCCUGUCUAUUUUUUUCUUGCAAUACUUUUACUCUGCAAUGAAAAUUUAGAUAGCUAAAAUCUUCUGUGUAAUCAGUAUUGUGCUUUGUGUGGCUCUUUAUUCAGAAAUAACCAUUUCUGCUUGAUGCUCUUGACCACUAGUAGCUACCCCUCUACUCUGCCCUAGUGAGGUGACAUCUGAAGUUCUGUGUCCAGUUCUGGGCUCCUCAGGACAGAAAAUAUGGAACUCCAGGACCAAGUCCAGUGGAGGGCAACAAAGAUGGUGAAGGGACUGGAGCAUCUCUCUUAUGAGGAAACGCUGAGGGAGUUGGGCCUGUUCAGCCUCGAGAAGAGACAACUGAGAGGGAACCUCAUCAAUGUCUGUCAGUCUCUGCUGAAAGGAGGUGUCAGAGGAUGAACUGGGCUCUGCUCAGUGGUACCAAGCAAUGGUACAAGAGGAAACAUGCAGAAACCAAUUCCCAGGAAGUUCCACCUGAACAUGAGAAAAAACUUCUUCACUGUGCAGAGGUCAUUGUGAUUACAAGGAAGGAAAUCCAAAAGAUGCUAAACCUGGACACAAAAAUGAAGCUCGAUUUUGUGUGCAUCAGUGACAACAUGGACAUGGGUACAGCAGAUUCACUGAGGCAUAUUCACCAGAAAAUUAAGACUGAUGUCUUGGUGCUGAGCUGCGAUCUGAUCACAGAUGUAGAUUUAUAUAAAGUUGUGGACCUCUUUCGGACACAUGAUGCUACUCUCUCCAUGUUGAUGAAGAAAACUCAUGAACCAACAGAAGUGGUACCAGGACAGAAAGGGAAAAAAAAGCCAGUGGAGCAGCGCGACUUCAUUGGAGUGGAUGACACAGGAAAAAGAUUGCUCUUCAUGGCUAAUGAAGCUGACUUGGAUGAAGAACUUGUCAUUAAAAGAUCCAUCCUUCAGAAGCACCCCAGAAUGCACAUCAGAACAGGGCUGAUGGAUGCCCAUCUCUACUGUCUGAAGAAAUACGUGGUAGAUUUUCUGGUAGAAAACAGGACAAUCACAUCUCUCCGAAGUGAACUGAUUCCACAUCUAGUUAGGAAACAGUUUUCUUCUCCUGCAUCAUUGCAGCAAGGACUAGACAACAAAGAAGAGGACCAAAAGAAAAAAGAGCAAGCAUCCCUAGACAUUUAUAGUUUCAUAAAGGAAGAUAAUAGCUUGCUGAAACCUGCUCCAGAUAACUCUUGUUGGAAUGAUCAUAGAGGAGAUAUGAAUGAAACUCUCCAUGAAGGAAAGGUGCGCUGCUACGUCCAUAUCAUGAAGGAGGGGUUGUGCUACCGAGUGAAUACUCUUGGGCUGUACAUUGAAGCCAACAGACAGGUUCCCAAAUUAUUGCUUAAUCUGGGUCUGGAAGAGCCACUGGUUCAUGGGUCUGCACAGAUCACUGAUAGAGGCAUGGUUGGAUCAGACAGUAUGAUUGGGUCAUCCACACAAAUUGGAGAGAAGACUUCCAUCAAACACUCCAUCAUCGGCAGCAUGUGUACCAUAAAAGACAAAGUUAAGAUAACAAACUGUAUCAUCAUGAAUUCUGUUACAAUUGAGGAAGGGUGCUGUCUUCAGGGCAGUGUUAUUUGUCAUAAUGCUGUGAUAGAGAAGGGUGCAGACAUCAAGGACUGUUUGAUUGGAAGUGAUCAGAGGCUGGAAACCAAAGCCAAACAUGUUAAUGAAGUCAUUGUGGGCACCGAACAGCUGAUGGAGAUAUAACCCAAGUAGCUUUUAAAGAUGAUUUUAUGGAAGCCAGCAGCAGAACCAGAUGUUCAAGCAUCGUAAGAUCAUCCGUACAGAUCAGUACUGGCAUGGUUUACCCUGUCAUUGCUCCUUUCCUGUUCAGCUUUAUAUUUAUGUCUUAAUAAAGAAGUAUUUGCAGAG